AUGACGCCGCAAAAGACUUCGGACGUAGUGGAGGAGUCUCGUUGCCUUCCCCAUCUCCCAAACGAGAUCAUAGUUAUGAUAUUCGACAGAAUGAUCGCAGGCGCCGCCGCCGAUUGCCAGCCCAUCACGUGGGAAAUUUGUCACAGUCAAGACCCUCAAAGACUACAACUUCCGGGACGCGUAUUACAAGACGACGUAAUAGCCCACUCACAACGACAUUUCCCACACCUUCAAGACACGAAGCUAGUUUCCUCGAGGGAGCGCUUCAACAAUAUGCGACUGCCAUUACAAGUCUGCUCUUGGACCAGGGCCAUGGCCCUGAAGACUUUCCAUCCCCUUCGCUAUCGCAGCCAACCCCACAUGCUACCGCGUGUCUUACUCUUUGGAGAGCGCAUGUUUGGCUUUUCGAAGGAGGAUUGUGUUUGGACAUGCCCAGCGCUUGACGUCUUCUGGAUCAUUAAUGACGACGUCGAGAUCGGCUUUACGCAGCCGUGGCCGUGUGCCCAACAAUCGAGCGACCAUCACGCCUCCUCAAGUUCUCAGCCUAGUGCGACGGCCGACGGAAUCCUCCGGGUUAUCCAAAAUGUCAGAUUCGAUUGGCUCAGUUCGAAUAUCCCAUCCCCAGGGGGCCUGUCCGGCGCGCUCGAAUGGUCCCUCUCCCUACCGAGUAUCGAGCGAGUCUAUGUGGACAAGCACCUGACGCAUCCUAGCUACGGCGCGGCCGGGUACUUGAAGACGGGACACUACCGGCUAGGGUCUCGCAAGCGUGGACCUGAGUAUCUUCACCUCGUCGGGUUACCGGACUGGAUUACCCGUUAUCUGCAACGCCCGACGACAGACAAGGCCCAGUGGAAGGCGCUGCGGAGCAGGAAAAUUCCGGUUGUGGUUCGCGAUCCAAGCUUUAGUGAUGGGAGUGACGAGACUGUCCCGUUAGAGCUAUUCCUUGAUGAGAAGGAUGAGAUCUGCUUUCGGCUCUUCUGUCGGUAG